AUGUCCAAUCAUUUUUGGUGGCUUCUGAUAUUGGUACUUGUGGUCAGUUUUCGAGACGCCAUCGCAGAAGGCGCUUCUUGUUCACGAAUCGACUUCAACUCUGCCGAGUUAACUUUUCUAGCAAAAUGCUUGUAUUAUCAAGAGUUCGUAGUGAAGCCGUAUGCAAACUCAACUGUGUUCAGUUCGUUCCGGGAGAACGCUACGUAUUACCUUUCUCACCGAUGGCAAGGACUCACAUGUGGUGAGACAGUGCAGACUUACAAGAUCAAUAGUCAAACUGAAUUGAGAAUGGUGUACAAUUUGGUGUUUGCCUAUGGCGCUAGUUUGCAAAUUCGGGUAUUGGAUUUGGAUAGAUUAGACAGCGAGAACAAACCGACACUUGUUGAACGAUGGCAAACGGUACAGUCAACAGCAGGUUGGGGAUUGUUCAAAGAAAGGAUUAACAAAACUGUAGAUCGAGCCAAGAUACAAAUUGAAGCUAACAUGAAUUCUGGUAGCGAUGUUGCGAUAGAGUAUCUCACCAUUUUCAAUUACGAAGUUGAAACCGAUGAAUGUAAUUCGAUAGAUGAAUUUGCAACCACUACUCCUGGAACGACAACUUCGACUGUAUCAUCGUCACUAGGAACGACAACAAUUGAAGCAACGACAUCUCCACCGCCGAUAGUAACAACCUCACAAACAACGACAACAGCUAAUCCUAGUUCGACAACUUCAACAAUGUCAUCAUCACUAAGAACAACAACAAUUGAUACGACGACAAUCCUAUCGCCGAUAGCAACAACAACACAAGCGACAACAAUGUCAACGAUAACAACGACGACACCAUCUACUUCAAUAACCACAACUUCAACCAUAUCGUCAUCCCGAACAACGACGACAGCUCCUACUCCUAGUACAACUUCAACAUCUUCACUAGGAACGACAACUAUUGAAGCGACAAAAACUCCGUCCCCGAUAGUAACAACAACACAAGGGAAAACAACGACGACAACGGCGACGUCAGUCGAAACAACCACUGUUUCAAGAACAACGAGCACACCAGCGACCAUCAUUACGGAAGCAUCAACAACUGUUGUUCCUACUGCUCCCACUACAAUAACACCUACUCAGACGGUGAUCACCAGUACGUUAGGUACAACACCUACAACCGAAUCUACCGCCACAGAUCAUAAACCUUUGACCAGCAGUACCACCAACGUGCCAAGAGAGGAGAGUACUCAAACAACGGAGCCGGAGCUAAUGACCAGAACUGUAGUGCUAACGACCACCAUGGAUGACGCUAGUGAGCAUAGUGAUGAGCCAAUAGCUGCAAUAAGUACGGCUGAUUGGCUCUGGAUAACAUUGGCGGCAACGUUCGCUGUUUUGCUCAGCCUUGCAAUCACCAGCGUGGCUUACAUCUGUGCAGAAAAUAAGAAACUUCAUAAAGUUAAAUAUAAAAUGGGUGAAGUGAAUUUUAGUAAAAAAUGUGUCUCAGUGAUUGCUAAUAAAAAUUAA